UUGUCCUGCUGUCCUGACACGGUCUUGGUGUUUAUUGUGAUAUUUAUUUUAUUUUAUUGUAAGUCAUGUAGAUGUAUGCGGGAGAGCUUUGUUUAAAUGUUUCUAAGUAGUUUCUUUUAUUUUUAUUUUUUAAAGAAAGAACAAAAGAUUAUCCCCUCCUCCCACUGGUGCAACAUUCUCAGACAUGAUGGAAAAUUCCUCUGGAGAGUUCUUGUUUGUGCUGCAUGGACUGAAUGAUACGAGGACGAACAGACAGAUUUACUUUGCGUUUGGACUCUUGAUUUACAUUUUCACCUUCUUUGUAAAUUUUACUCUCGCUUUAACUAUCAUUUUAGAUAAAGUGCUGCAUGAACCAAUGUAUCUGUUUAUAUGCAACUUGUAUGUGAAUGGAAUAUGUGGUGCUUCUGCUUUCUAUCCAAAGAUUCUUGCUGACCUUCUAUCGGACUCUAAUGUUGUUUCAUAUACAGGGUGUGUGGCUCAGACAUUUAUCAUCUAUUGGUAUACUUUCUGUGAAUUUCUGUGCCUAACAAUCAUGGCUUACGACAGAUAUGCAGCGAUUUGCAGGCCUUUGGAGUAUCAUUCUAUUAUGACGAAUCAAAAAGUGCUAAAGCUGUUACUUUUUACUUGGCUCUUCUCGCUGCUGGAAACUUCUGUUGGGGCUAUGCUGACAGUCCGGCUACCCUUAUGCGGAAGGGACAUUGACAAGAUUUACUGUUCUAACUGGGAGAUUGUGAAGCUGGCGUGCACAAGUGUAAUUGUAAAUAAUGUUUAUGGGUAUAUUCUAAUAAUUGUACAUGUUUCCCAAGCUGCUUUUAUCAUCAUCUCAUAUAUUCGUAUUAUCAGAGCAUCUAUACAGUCUAAGGCACAGAGGACUAAGUUCAUGCAGACAUGUCUGCCUCAUUUAAUCACCCUCAUUAACUUCACCCUUUCCAUUGUAUUUGAUGUCAUGUACGCUCGCUAUGGCCAAAGCCAACAGAUGCAGGCUCUGCGCAACAUCCUGGGAAUGGAGUUUCUUGUUGUGCCUCCUCUGCUAAAUCCUAUAAUAUAUGGAAUUAAAAUAACUCAGAUACGGCAUCGGUUCAAGCAAGUGUACAGCCACGUGCGUAAAGCAGUGAAACACAACUGAUCCAUAUUAAUAUGUCUGUCUGGAAGGAAGGACGUAUACCUUAUGUAUAUAAUGCUUAUUGACAGAUGAGGAUUGUCCUAUGUUCUUUAAAUGAGGACACAAUUAAGGAAUUAUCAUGCACAAAAAUGUUUUUCUCCUCCAAAUGUUUUCCUAUUGACUCAAAUUAAAAUA